AUGAUGGAAAUCAAGGAAUUCCUGGCCCUCGAGGCUGACUACGAAACCGAAGACCAAGUCGACCUGCGCGCCCUGGAACUCGUUACCAGCUACGACUCACACCUGAUGUGCGCGAUCUGCCACUGUCCCUUUGUUCAACCGGUGCGCCUGCAAUGUGAUCACGUAUUCUGUGAGAAAUGUCUGCGAUCGGCCAUCAACACCUUCGAUUCGGCCGAAUCAGAAGACUUUCCAUGUCCUUCCUGCCGAAACCCCACCAGCCACGUCUCGACGAGUGUGCCCCGCCUGUUGAUCAACAUGUGCGAUGAAAUCCAAGUACGGUGUCCGCUGGCUACGGAAGGCUGUCAGGAGCUCGUUCCGAGAGGCCAUGUUCAGUCGCAUGUGGAUAAAUACUGUGGUUAUCGGCUGGUACCAUGCCCGGAUGAUACAUGCGAUAAGAAGACGCGGAAAAGGGAUCUACAGGCGGAAAAUGGAUGCAGGCAUACUUACUUCCGGUGCUCCCGAUGCGAAGAAGAUGUUAUGGAGCAAGACUACGAGGAACAUGACAAAGAACUAUGCCCCAGCCUGGAGACAUACUGUCUCGACUGUGGGACUACUGUCUUACAGCGUACGCUGAAAAAUCAUAUUGAGACGUGCCCAGAAGUCGUCAAUCCUUGCGCUGCAUCGAAAUAUGGAUGCCCGGCCAAAAUUCGGCGAGCCGAGAUUGCCACGCAUGAGCAACAAUGUGCGCUUGUCGCGAUAGGCCCAUACUUCGAGGCACAAAAUACUCGAUUAGAUUCUCUUGAAUUGACGAUGCGACACCUCCAACAAAGGAACGAGAUCUUCGAGGACGGUAUGGCCAACAUUCGAACCAGCUUGAUGGAGUCGUCACGCAUUGGUGAUCGCAAUAGCCCGAGGCCCGCCACCGAAGAUUUGGAUGAAUCAGCCGACCGGUCCUCAAAUGUCUUUUCAUCCAACGCUACCACGUACCUUCUUUCUCUUCACGAGUCUCUGCGCGAGGAAGUCGCUCAGAUGUCCCAUGCUCUUACAGACCUUGAUGGCCGGGCCAGCAUGACAAUCAUGAACGAGUGCAUGCGAAUCAAAGAAGAUAUGGCCCAUACGAAUGCCGCUGUGAAUAGUGUCCGCAUGCAAGUUCAAUGGCUUAUGAAUCCUCGGCUCCACAACAAUGCAAGGGCAGGCGGCGCACGUCCGAAUGCUGGCCCUGGAAACGAAGCUCGAUCUCAGCUGGCGUCUGCACCUGGACCUGGCACCGUUGCUGGUCCUUCUCUAGGCCCGCUGCGACCUAGGCGACCAAGUGAUACUGGGCGUGAAGGAACCAAACUUUGA